ACGCAGUAUCCUCACAUUCAAGUGGUGGCGCCAGGAGACUUCUUUCCUGGUCCCCUGGAAGCGCCUCCCGCAGCCUUCGACAUGGCGCGAAUCGUCGUCAUCUUUGACUUUGACCGGACAAUAAUCGACGGAGACAGCGACAAAUGGGUGGUCACGGAGAUGGGCCUCACCCAACUCUUCCAUCAGCUUUACUCUACUCUGCCCUGGACUGCUCUUGUAGAUAGGAUGUUGAAAGAGCUGCAUUCGCAAGGGAAAACAGCUGAGGAUGUUGCAGAGUGCUUAAAACGGGUCUACAUGGAUCCUAGAAUCAUUGCAGCCAUAAAAUUGGCUCAUUCUCUGGGAUGUGAUUUAAAGAUAGUGAGCGAUGCCAAUCAGUUUUUCAUUGAGAAGAUUUUGGAACAUCACGGUUUGUUGGGCUUCUUCUCAGAGAUCAAUACAAAUUCGAGCUUGGUAGCUGAAGAAGGAAGGCUUAUGGUCUUCCCGUACCAUGAUCCAACUUUACCUCCUCAUGGUUGCAAUCUAUGUCCUUCAAACCUGUGCAAGGGUCUAGUACUUGAUCGAAUACGUGCUUCUGCUCCUGAUAAUCGGACACAAAAAUUUAUUUACCUUGGAGAUGGGGGAGGUGAUUACUGCCCCACUUUGAAGCUGCAAGAUGGUGAUUAUGUGAUGCCAAGAAAGAAUUAUCCUUUGUGGCGCCGGAUUUGCAGAAAUCCUGUUCUUGUUAAGGCGGAAGUCCACGAAUGGAGCAACGGAAAUGAGCUCGAGAGGGUCCUAAUCCAACUAAUCAACAAAAUUCAUAGAAGUGCAAGUUAACAAUGGAAGCUCCAGUUCUAACUCAUCUCAACACGACUCUUUUCUAUUAAUGGCUGAAAAUUAUCAUUAUUCCUAGAAUUUCUGUGUCUGGUUUUGUACCACCAAAAGCUAUUUUUCUGUUCAAAACAAUUACUUUAUGAAAUAAAAAUAUAAUGAAAGAAGAGAAUGUUACAGUUA